ACGUGUGAACAACAAACGGUUGGUGGACUUUCACGAGCUAGCCUGUCUGCGAAUGGUCGCGUUAGACAAAAACACGUCCAACUUACUGUACUUUCCGCCGCCUUGUCCGCCUACUGGAGACAUACCUUCCUAUAAAAAGCAAAUGAUAGUCAGAACCGAAAACAGGUGUUUGGUCGGGACGGACGUUAGCCCCACGGAAACAUGCUGAGGAGGACUCGGUGUGACGCCUGUUUCUUUUCCAGCCGCCUGUGUGUGCUAUUCGAGGCGCUGUGAUGUAAGUCGAGUGUUCCGGCGCGACACCCGAAGUGAGACUACUACAAUUCUUACUUUGUGUACGCCCUAAAUAAUGAACUUCGGGGAGCUACGUGACGCGGCAGGUAUGCGAGCAUACGCGGGCCUGGGUGUCAUUGCGGGGCUUCAACUUUAGCACGCUAGCUAACGGCCGUUCAGCUCGCACAGUUCAUCCGAAUGAUUUAGCUCGUUACUGUAUAAAGGCUCAAUGGCUAAUGCUGUAUAAUGGAAGCGCCCUGACUGAGCGGUGGUCCUCUAAAAUACUGCUGUCAACGUUCAUCCAUUCCCAUUUGGUAAUAGAAAGUUGCUAAACAACUGCUAUUGCAAUUGCACUUGUCGCACAGGCAUCUUCUGUGUUAUUAAUUACCACUACACUUGCCCGCUAAUUAAAAAAAACAAUACUCAAAAGUGUCCACUUAAAAAUUUUGCAGCCUUUAAGCUCAUAUCACUGUUAAUUUGUCCAUCCAGGCUGUAUGGUAAGAUUGAAAGACUUUUGAGUUUAACUGGACAUGAAAACAUGAAUAUCGAAGAGCAGUGUCUCGAUCUGUGCAAUGUCAAGACCAAAACGAGUAUGGACGAUGGUCAUCAUAACACUACCUUUGGCACGGACGGGGUCCGCAUCUCUGAGCUGAUCCCAGACCCUGAUGUCGAUGGGCAAACCGUGGUCCCUGCCGAAACCAUGCCCCAGCUCGCUGACAACCUUCAGGUGGCCACGGGGGACAACUGCCAGGUGAAGGACACACUGAAAAUUGAUGAGGUCAAUGGGAAUAGACAGAAUAGUGGCCAUGGAGGGUCACCAAACCCAACUGACUCAUUCUUUCCCAAUGAUGGGGAUCAUACGGACAACGCUGCUGUGCAUGAAACGAAGGCCUCUACAGACGCGGAACCUGUAAAGUUUAACGACCCGGAGGAAGAAGACGAUGGCGGGGAGAUGGACAUGGGUGUGGACCUUAGCCUGGACGAAACCGGCGUGCUGGAGGCCGAGACGACAACUGUCACAUCGCGAUCAGAUGGUAUUUCGGAGCCCUUCGGUCAAGUUGGCCCAGCUGGCAGUGAGGCAGAAAUCCAGUCGGACGCACAGAAAAGAGGCGAGUCGUCAGGCACGGACCAUGCUGUGAUGUGCCCCACAGUGGAGGAAGGGGACGAUAAACACAAACUGACUGGCAAGAGGGUGACGUUUCCCUCAGAUGACGACAUUGUUUCUGGAGCAGUGGAACCAAAGGACCCCUGGAGACAUGCUCAGAAUGUGACGGUGGACGACAUCCUGUCUUCGUAUAAACAGGCCUGUCAGAAGCUCAACUGUAAACCCAUUCCCAAAGUGUUGAAACAGAUUCAGGAACUGAAAGACCUGACCCAGCGAAACGAAUGCUUGGAUCUAAAAGGUGAAAAGUUGGACUACAAGGCAUGUGAGUCCCUGGAAGAGGUUUUGAAGAGAGUCCAGUUUAAAGUGAUAGACCUGGAGCAGACCAAUUUAGAUGAAGACGGCGCCUCUGCUCUGUUUGACAUGAUUGAGUACUACGAGUCGGCCACGCACCUCAACAUCUCCUUCAACAAGCACAUAGGCACACGGGGAUGGCAGGCCGCCGCUCACAUGAUGAGGAAGACGAGCUCGCUGCAGUAUCUGGAUGCUAGAAACACGCCUCUGCUGGACCACUCGGCUCCCUUUGUGGCUCGAGCUCUCAGGAUCAGUGGCAGCCUUGCGGUCCUCCACCUGGAGAACGCCGGCCUGUCUGGUAGACCGCUCAUGUUGCUUGCAACGGCGCUGAAGAUGAAUAUGAACCUGCGCGAGUUGUACCUGGCUGACAACAAGCUCAACGGCUUGCAAGAUUCAGCCCAGCUUGGCAACCUGCUCAAGUUCAACUACAACAUCCAAAUUCUGGACCUGCGAAACAACCACAUCCUGGACUCUGGUUUGGCCUACGUGUGCGAAGGACUAAAAGAGCAGAGGAAAGGCCUCGUCACAUUGGUGUUAUGGAACAACCAGCUCACACACAACGGCAUGGGCUACCUUGCUGCUGCACUGCCUUGCACCCAAAGUCUGGAGACGCUGAACCUGGGUCAUAACUCAGUGGGCAACGAGGGUAUCCACAAGCUGAAAGACGGACUGAUCGCUAACCGUUCUGUGCUCAGACUGGGCCUCGCCUCCACCAAGCUGUCCUGUGAAGGGGCAGUAGCGGUGGCCGAAUUUAUAGCUGAGAGCCCGAGGCUGCUGCGUCUGGAUCUGCGAGAAAACGAGAUCAAGACAGGGGGACUGAUGGCGCUGUCGCUUGCCCUGAAAGUCAACACCUCUCUGUUGCGUCUCGACCUCGACCGGGAACCCAAGAAAGAAACUGUGAAAAGCUUCAUUGAGACCCAGCGUGCGCUACUGGCCGAGAUCCAGAAUGGCUGCAAGAGGAACUUUAUCCUGGCCAAAGAGAAGGAGGAAACGGAGCAGAUGAUGAGACAGUCGGCAUCCAUGGCUGAAAUUGCCACCGAAGACGGAACAAGAGAAGAAGAGGUAGAGGAGACCAAAGACGGGAGACCAGUAGAUAAAGAGGGCGAUAAAACAGGAAAUGAAGGGCAGCCGAACAGCGAGUCGAAGGCCAUCUCCGAGGUGACUGUUUCUCCAAUGAACCUGGACUCUGACUCUGACACAGAAGAUGAGGAGGAAGUGAUCACGAAGGCCUCAUCUGAGCCAAAAGCUCUCUCCAAUCCAACCACCCCUCAAACUGAAGUGGUACUGCCAACAUCGAGUCCCUCGCACGCUCCCCCUCCGUCCCCAAUGAACAUCAUUUCAGGUAUCACCGUCACGGACAGCCCGGUCCCUCCGGGCACGCCUCCCUCGCCGGGACGCUGCAUAUCUGUCUCAAGUCCCGGGCGGGGUCACAAGAUCUUCAUGGUGACUCGGGUGGAGAGCCCCCCAGAGCCACAGUUAAGCGCCGGCCACGCCGAGGGCCCGUCAAAGAUGACCUUAGAAACGAGCAUGGCUGCUGCCACGAAGCACAAAGACGUCCACGACACUACACUGAAUCACUCACGAGAGCCCAGCUGUGAUGACAGCGUCAUCGGCAGCACUUUAAAACCACCAUUGACAAGUCGAAAAGCACCAGCCUCACCUUUAAGUCCUUUGUUUGCUCAGCCUGCAGACUCCCCACCCGAGACCCCUUGUGAAGAACAACCGGAGGUAAAAGAAGCUCCUCUAGUGGAGAAGAGCGGAACAAUGACAAGUGGAGACGCCAAAGAGGUAAUCCAGAUAUCAACAUUCAUGCCGGAGCAACACACGCAGUAUUCUAAGUGUCCGGACGAUGCUAAAGACGUGGAUGCCAGCUCCUCGACUGUGACAGAGGACGACAGCCUCAGUCCAAAACCGGACGAGGAACAUCAGCAAUCUGAGCUCGACGGACAGGAAGUAGCAGAGCCUGUCCUCUCUGACCAACCAGCAUCCGUCACUGCCGUCCAACCCCACACCGAGGACUCUGCAGACGACGGCGAACAGGAAGUCGCUGGUUCGCUUUUACCCAACGGCCUGAAGCCCGAAUUCACCCUCCACCUCCUCGAUCCUGACAGCACCAAGCCUGGCAGCUGUGUCAUGGAACAUGUGAGUGUGAGCUGCACACAAGACCUGGAGGAGCUGCUGCUGGAAGCCAGUUUAGAGACUGGCAGAGAUGCACCAUGAAGGAGGUUUGACAGGUCCUGCGAGGACACAAGGAUUCAAGAGCACGCUCCUUUUGCCGCAUUUCUCUGACCUCAGCAAACCCCAAACAACUUUUCCAAAGGAUACAAGAGUCAAAAGCGCUCUUACGAUCCCAGAGUUCUGCCAAGACUCAAAGGACACACAAAAAAAAAAUCAUCAUGACAUCACUACAUCAACCACUGAAGUGUGUGCGCGUGUGUGAGUGCGUGUGUGAAGGGAACAGUGUAACAAUGCUGUCAUCACUACAAUUUUGCGAUUCUUUCCACGGCGACUAUGGAUCAUCCGAUGCUUGGCGCACCGCCUCUGGCAGUCAGGAGGGAUGAAAUAGAACACUAACCAAAGACCAACCUUUCUGACGCCUGUGUGUGUGUUUGUCUUCAGGAAAGCUUUUAGGGGUGUAGAGCGCAAGCCUCGACGACACACAAAUAAUUACAAUUGUGGACCCGGCUGAGCUGGCUUUGAUGUCACAGCUCUGUAUCCAGUGACAAUGAAGAGUUUUGUCCUCCUUUCCUGUCAAUCGAAGUUUGAAGGGACCUGCGCCAAGUGACCUCUCCGCUUUCGUCCUGUCUGGUUGUCACUUUGGCCCCUCAGGAAUCAACACAAACCAAACCUGGAGCCACGACCUCCAUUGCUUCCUUAUUAGGUUGCUCAAAUAAAAAUAAAAUCUCUACUUUCUCUUCUUCCUUA